AUUUGAAUCGGAUGGGUCUUCAUUGGGCAGCGGAGUGGGCACCUAUAUAAGGCGGGGCGGUGCAGCUGGCCCUCAGUAAGAUUUGCAGUUUAGACCGAGUUGGUUGAAAGUUGAAACAAGCUAGAAAGAAGCAACAAAGACAGGAGGCAUAAUGAACGCUGCAUCGUACUGCCUGUUAGUGCUGGCUCUGUUUGGAGUCAGCUGUACAUCCUAUACGCCCACGGGAGGAUAUAUAUCCCGUCGUCAGGUGACGGAAUCAUGUCCUCCCAGGCUGCCCUUGUCUAAGAUUAUGCUGAACCAGUCAAACUACAUCCAAUACGUCCACUACUUAACGCCGAUUCCUGAUGUUAAGAGCUUUACCAUACAAUACUGGUUUAAUCUAAUCAAUACGGCAAGGACUUCCACGCCAUUUGAUUAUACACGGAGAGGCCCAUCCAACAGCACCAUCAGGAUACAACUGGUGAAAGGUCAGCCACAGAGAUGGGUCCUUUACAUCAACGAGGUUUUGGUCAGCGACGUAGUGUCUCCCCCUGUCAGAUCCGGUCAGUGGCACUUCAUGGUCCACUCAUGGAACUCCUGGACAGGAACCUGGAGCAUUUACAUGGACGGCGUCCUCUUAGGAACAGGCGCAUCUCCCCAGGGAACUGGUCUAGUCGUACAGGGAGGCGGAGAGGCUUACUCUGGGCAGCGCCAGAACACUGGUGACGGCAUGGACAGGGGCGAGGGUCUAGAAGGAUGGAUGUCCCUCUUCCAGAUGUCGAUCCGUCCUUUACUGAACCCGACCUCGGUAGAAACCUUGAGGAUAGUUGCCCAGCUUGGUUCAAGCUGCAACGGCUUGUACAGCGGCGAUCUCAUUAGCUGGACCGCCACACCAAGGAAGGAUUACGGCGGGGUUCAAGAGACACCGGCCCGCCCUCUGUGUGGGAACUUCUAGACCUAGAGACUUUUUUUAACUUCAGUCCUGCCUUUAAGAUGUUUGUUUGUGAUAUUUAUUUUAUUUAACUUCACGGUGUUAAGACAAGUGAUGUGCAUGGUUGAUCCAAGUAUGUCCGGUUUCGCAGAAGUGGUAGAGGAAUGUCUUUCGAAACUAAGCAAGAAGAAAGUUAAAAGAUAUAAGAUAAGAUGAUGUUCACUUAAGAAACCUAUGCACUGAGAAGACGGCGUGAAACACAGUUGAUGUGUAAAAUUAACAUUCCAACAACUCUUGUACUUGUUGAACAGUUGUAGACAUUUUUGGGGACA